UGCCCCUCCCCUCUCUUACAAACGUUGAUUUCGUGCGGCGUUAAAACCCCAUAGAAAAAAACAACUUGAUCUACGUUAUACUCUUCUGUUGGUAGUUUUUACGAGCGUACUGAAAAAAAGUAUUUUUCAAAAGGCGCAACAUAGUCUCGGCUUUACUUGGCUCAAAAAGCAAGAGGGGCAAUUGACCCCCACCCUACUCCCUAAGAGUCUACAAUUUGUAACGACGGCUGCCACCCCGCGUACGGCAGUUUUCGCGCCAAAACUAAAAGGCGUGUAAACUUGAAAACAAGCUUCAUUUUGUAACUGAAUCGUCGUCUUAAUUCCGCUUCGUUUUAACCUUAAUCGCUUUUUUAGACAGCCGUAAAGAGGUCGAAAUCAUGGUUUAGCGAGUUAGAACACUGAAGAAAAGAAAUUGUUCGUGAUUUAGAGAGGUAAGAUGUCGUACAGAGGUUGCAUUCGCCGCCACUAAUUUAGUGGAUUUUAACACUCGAAAGCCAGCUAAAUGUUAUCAAUUUUACCAGUUUCACUUUCUGCAUUUGCUAGUUCACCGGCCGCUUUCUUUGAAUUAAGCUUUAAUGUUCUCUCCUUUCCUUUCAGAGGGUACGUUAACAGAGGAACAAAGUUAACAAAGCACUGACGACUCAUGAACUUGGGACUUCACAGCUCACAAUUCAGACAUGUUAAGCAAGGUUUUGUGCCUCCAUUUAAAGCUUCAACUCGAGCUGUUCAAAUGCCACCUCCUUCACCGCCAAAGUUGGACGACAUUCUCUCACAAAUGUCCCAAAGAGAUCUGUCUUCCACCCAGCUUUUUCGCUCAAACUCCGAAUACUUCAAUGACGCGAGGACAAAUCAUGCACCAUCUAAAGUUACAGAUAUGUCCCCGUUUGGCAAAAGAGGAGCUACAUUCCAGAGCAGCUACGGAAGCCAAUUGAGUAGGGCCCCCGGAGACUGGCUGACAAGUGGCUCGCAACUAACUCAUUCAAGAUAUUUACAGGCAUCACAGGUAGUUAAUGAGGAAGACGAGGCUGAUUAUGGAGACGAAGAGUUUAUACAAGAUUCCCCAGAGCUGUUUACCCAACGCGAUGACUUUAACUUGCAAGGGGCUCCGUUUACGACAUAUGACCUGGAGCGUAUGGGCAGCUCAGGAGGUUUGACGUUGAAUGACUAUAGCCCAGAAGAUGAAGAGAAUCCCAGCUCUUACCAGGCAGCAGCUCCGCAGUACAACUUUGACACUCCAGGUCGACUUGUAAUACCAGCUUUUGCUGAUCAACCUGGUACUUCAAAUGCAUCGAUAGGACUUCGAUCAAUCAACGAGAUACGUAUCCUUCGAUACUUUUAA